AUGUCACGCCCUUACGACCAACCCAUGGUAGACAUAGUCUACUAUGUCUACCACCACCCCCUCAACCAAGACGACGAAUCGAUUUGGAAAUGCGCGCGGACAGCCCUGCUGGAUGCAAUGGGCUGCGCCAUCGAAACAGCAGCGACGAGCAGCGAAUGCAGGAAGCUACUCGGACCCGUGAUCGAAGGCACAGUAGUGCCGGAUGGAUUCAAGGUCCCAGGAACGGGGUUUCAGGUCGAUCCCGUGAAGGGGGCCUUCGACCUUGGUGUCCUUAUUCGGUACUUGGAUCAUAAUGAUGCGCUCGGCGGUGCGGAGUGGGGACAUCCUUCAGAUAAUCUGGGUGCUAUACUCCAAGUCAUGGACUGGCUGUCUCGUGCAAGUUUGUCUGGUCGACGGGUUCACGACGGUCCGCCGUUGACGAUGCAGACGCUGCUUACUGCGCUGGUCAAGGCGUACGAGAUACAGGGCUGUUAUCAAAUGUUGAACGCUUUUAAUGCAUAUGGAAUCGAUCACGUGGUGCUGGUCAAAUUGGCUUCUGCUGCCGUUGUUUGUUGGUUGCUUGGGAUGACGGAGGUACAAGCCAUAGCGACUCUUUCUCAUGUUUGGAUGGAUGGCCAUCCAAAUCGGGUUUACCGAUCCGGCGCAAAUACCAGCUCGAGGAAAGGGUGGGCAGCAGGCGAUGCGGCCAGAAGAGCUGUGCAGUUGGCUCUACUAGUCCAAAAUGGCCAGCCUGGUUCGCCGGGGGCGUUGAGCGCGAAGCCAUGGGGAUUCUGGGAGCGGACUUUUGGCGAGGUGGGAUUUGUACUUCCACGACCAUUUGGAUCGUGGACGGUACAGAAUGUGUUGUUCAAAAGUAUGCCUGUAGAAGGGCAUGCGAUCUCUGCUGUGGAGGCAGCCGUUUUACAGGCGCAUCGGUUUCGACAAAGGGGUCUGUCCGAUCCUCUCAAACAGAUCCAGCGAAUAGAUCUGCGAACGACUGCUGCUGCCUUGUUGAUCAUCAACAAACACGGACCGCUAAACAACGCUGCUGAUCGUGACCACUGCAUUCAAUAUGUGGUCGCCCUGGCAUUCUUGAAGGGUGAUCCGCCAGAGGCUGCAGACUAUUUAGACAAAAGCCCAUGGGCAAACAAUGAGGAGCUUGAAGCCUUGCGAGAAAGGAUCGUGGUGCAGUCAGAUCCUAAGCUCACGGAGGACUACUUGGAUCUGGACAAGAAGAGUAUUGGUGCGGGAAUGACGGUCCAUCUUGCAGAUGGGUCCUCAUUGCCACAGAUAGUGAUUCAAUAUCCCGUAGGACAUGCGCGGAAUCCCCAAACACCAGCUGCGGUGCAAAAGAAGUUUUUCCAAAACAUGGGGCUAAUGUUCUCUGCGACAGAGAUCGGUUGGAUAUUGGGUGCUGUUCAAAAUCCAGAUGCUUUGAUCUCGGAUUUCAUAGAUCUGUUGAUCCAGCACUCAGUCAAGGCAAAGUGGUAG